AGUCGGUGUCGCUUCGGUUCCUGUUCAGCUGCAAAACUCGCUACAUCAGCUCAAUCGGCAUCUGAAUCUCAAAAAUUCCAUCCGAUUUCCGAUCUUGUCUCUGAUAAGCCGCUUACCAAAGCACUUGGCAGUGUAAAUCCCCGUCCUGAAGAUCACCACUUCAUUUUAUAUUUUCAGAGCGUCUUGGUCUUCCUUAAAACCCCGGUCAAGUUGUCAACAGCCCUUUCCAUGAGAGCAUCUGAACUUCUGAAGACAUCAAGAAAAGAUAGUGUCAAGCCAAUGUCAGCUGUCACUUCAAUACAUUAGCUUGCCUAGCCCUUUGGGUGAAAUACCACCAACACAUCGUGCGCUCAUGGAUCAGCUAAGCUUUACCUGCAGGAAAAUUAUCCAUCGUCUGACCGUACCUCGGUACCACCAAGCCCGGUCGGUCCGGGUGCGGAGGAAUGGUAUAAGGAAGAUGCUCAGUCCAGAUUGCAGAAGAAACUGAAAUAUAGAGACACACGUACUUAACUGCGAGUAUCAUAAAGAUGAGAUGUGAAUUACGUAGCAGUAAGUUCAGAUAUAGUGAGGGGCUUUAUACUUCGGUAUCCAGUUGAUCUUGUCCUCGUAAAUGACCGGCUCGGCUAUGCAUCCCGAGGGUUACCAAAAAGUCACCUUAAGCCGACUUUCACAAACUCAAUCUAUACAUCCCUCUUUGACGUAGGGUCUCCCCAUCAAAAACCCUAUCAACGCUCUGGGUCACUCCCAAUAUCACACGACAUAGUCUCCAAUUCAUGAACUAGUCGUUUUACUUAGUACGACAUUCCUGAAUAACCCCACCCCCAUAUCCGUUCCGCCCAACAAAAAAUUCAAAGUAAUUCACCAACGACUUGAGAUUAAGCUUAACCACAAGAAGCCAAAACCUCAAGUCCUCUGGACCCCCAUCGUGCCUAGAAGAAGACAGUCCACCUCGUUGAUUCUCUUACAGUACAUCAUGGGAGACUCUGACCUUGACCAUCCGAUGCAGCUAUGGACUCAUCCAUCCCCCGAGACCACUCAGAUGUGGCUAUUCAAACUUGGCGUGGAAAAGAAGUACAAUGUUACUUUGAGAGACUACAAGGAUCUCUAUAACUGGUCAAUUGACAAUAUUGCUGAUUUCUGGAGGGAGACUUGUAUUUUUACUGGGCUUCAUGCUUCGGCCAGGAAUCCGGGUGAGGUAUCUAAUGGAGUACAUGGAUUGCCAAGAGGGAAGGCCCCUGAUAAUUUGUUUGAUCAGGUAGGAUGAAUAGUUUUCAUUAUGUUACUUGUUUCGUUACACAUUCUCUAUUAUCUUGACUCAAAUUGCUCUAAAAGAAUUCAAGUAUCCAGCAUCAUCAGCUAUUCAGUGACACUCUUCCUCAUCUUGAAGCUCAAAAUAUCGCAAAACUCAUUCGCUAACAUUUCCCAGAUCCUCCCUCAAGAUGCUCCCAUGUAUCCAAGACCAGAUUUCUUCCCCGAUAUCUCACUCAACUUUGCAGAAAAUCUCCUUUAUCCACUCCACCCAGCUGGUUCCGUCAAAGAUGACGAUAUCGCCAUCAUUGCUGCUACUGAAUCAACGCGAUCUGAGAUAACCUGGAGCCAAUUGAGAGAAAAGGUUGCAGAAUGUUACUUUGCGCUUCUGCAUCAGGGGGUAAAGAAAGGGGAUCGAGUUGCUGGGUUUAUUGGUAGGUUUUUGAAAGGGAAGUGGGGAUUGAUUACUUUUGGGCUCAUUUGUGGUUUAGGCCACAAUACGAAUGCUAUUGUUACAAUGCUUGCUGCAACUGCUAUUGGUGCUAUAUGGACUGCUGUUAGUCCUGAUACUGGAGUGGGAGCAGUACUUGAUAGGUAAGCUUUCUCUCGAUUAAUCCAAGGGUCGUGUCUUAGAUUGGCAUUGAAAGGGCAUUGAGUGGUACUUACAAUUCUUCGUCUUUGAGGCAAUUUGAGUCAUUAGUCCAAAGUUUUGGACUGGAUGAAUUCUGUGUACAAAAAUGCUCUUUAUUCGAUCUUUUCGAUUUCUCUGAUACAUUGAAAUAACCAUUUGAAAUACCCCGGACGGGUUGAACAACGAGAGGGCCUAUUUAUUGCUCACGUUCGAUGUCCAUCACGAGCGUGUUUUACGCCUAAGUCCACCUGUGCUAACCAACUGCCAAUAGACUCGAACAAAUCGAACCUGUAAUUCUAUUCGCUGAUAACGCCUCACUUUACAAUGGCAAAACACACGAGACGACUGCUAAAGUCAAAGAAAUCGUAGCCUCGCUUCCAAAAUUGAAGGCACUGGUUGUUUUCGAAGCAAUCCCAGGAACAGAUAUUCGGUCACAAAUCUCGUCGUUGAGACCUCCGGCAGGGAAUGUGUUUAUUUAUGAUGACUUCCUCAAGUGGUAAGCAGAAAUGGUGUCAGCUCCCUAGUCAUAUUUGCUAAUAUAUGCUAGUGUACCCGCUUUCGAGGGCAAUAAGGAGAUCAAGUUCGAACGGUUUCCCGCUAGUCACCCUGUUUAUAUUCUUUACAGGUAGGUUGCAAAACUCAAGAACAGACUCAUGGCUAACAUCUUCAUAGUUCUGGGACCACAGGAAAACCCAAAUGCAUCGUCCACUCCGCCGGCGGAACCUUGGUGCAACACAAGAAAGAACACAUACUCCAUGGGGACAUCCUUCCAAAAGAUCGAUUCUUCUACUUUACCACAACAACAUGGAUGAUAUGGCACUGGCUUGUUUCCGGUCUUUCUUGUGGUGCUACCCUGAUUGUUUACGACGGUAGUCCUUUCUAUCCACACGGUCCCCUCACAAUGCCGAAAUUGAUUGAUGAGCUGCAAAUCAAGCAAUUCGGUACUUCGGCUAAAUACUUGAGUGUUUUGGAACAGAAAAAUGUCUUUCCGAAAGAGGAAGGAUUGAGUCUUGCUUCUCUGAAAGUUGUAUACUCAACUGGUUCUCCAUUAGCUCCAAGUACAGUAAGUAACUCCCACCCAUCCACAAUCCACAUUACCAAAAUCAAAAUCUCUCGAGCCCACAUUACACGAGAUUCAGAGCUAACACCCCGCAAGUUCAAAUACAUAACCACCGCCUUCGGGACCCAAGUCCAAACCGCCUCCAUAACAGGCGGCACCGACAUCAUCUCCCUCUUCGGCGCCCCCUGCCCUCUAACACCCGUCUACGUCGGCGAAAUCCAACAAGCCGGCCUGGGAAUGAGUAUCAAAGCCAUCACCCCCUCGGGAAGCAUCCUCACCACCUCCGACCCGGGGGAUCUCGUCUGCACCCAGCCCUUCCCCUCGCAACCAACCACCUUCUACGGUCCCUCCGGCGAUGAGAAAUACAAGUCCUCGUACUUCACCACUUUCCCCAGUCUCUGGCACCAUGGGGAUUUCAUCAAGAUUAAUCCCGUGACCGGCGGCUUGGUGAUGCUGGGGAGGAGUGAUGGGAUUUUGAAACCUAGUGGUGUGCGGUUUGGCAGUGCGGAGAUUUAUAAUUUGCUCCUCAAGUAUUUUGGUGGGAGGGUGGAAGAGGGGUUAUGUAUUGGCCUACGGAGAGAAGGGGAUGAUGACGAGGUUGUCGUCUUGUUCUGCAAGAUGUGUGAGGGCAUCCUUCUUGAUGACCCUUUGAAAACUGAGAUCAAGGGUGUUAUUCGACGGGAUUUGAGUGCACGACAUGUUCCGGGGGUUAUCGAUGAGUGUUUUGAGAUUCCUGUUACGGGGAAUGGGAAGAAGUGAGUUUUUCGCCCUCUCUUUUUUCCCCUUUUCUCUCUUAUACUGUACCCCCACUUCCUAUCCUGUCACUUGUAGCAGAUAUCCACAUAGGUACAGACAAAGAAACAGACUAAUGACUCAUUGUGUACAGAGUCGAAGUCGCGGUCAAACAGAUCCUUUGCGGGAUCAAUGUCCAGACUAGUGCCAGUGUCGCGAAUGCCGCGUGUCUGGACUGGUACCGGGGGUGGAACGGGAGGAAUUGAGGGUUGUCUUGUUAAACAGUAUUGAUUUUGCUAUGGGGUAUAGAACGUAGACUCCAGACGAUGUUUGUGGGCUGAGAGGAAAUUCUCGCCUGGGGGGAAGGAGGAAGGGAGGUUGAUUAGAGAUAAUGAUGC